UCCACAGCUUCCUUCCCUCAAAGGCAAAGCACACCCGAUGCUCAAUCCAUAUUUUCCUCUCAAUUUCUAAAAUCAAGAACGAAAAAUGAAAAACAUCGCCAUAUGUUACAGCGAGCACGCGGUCAAGGUCUCCAACUCAUACUGCUCCGGCGCAUCACACCACACCAACAACACCACGUCAUCGCCUCUCUCCGCUCCCUCAAUCCAAACCGCCGUCGCCUCAAUCUACAAAGUCAAACUCUCGAACGAGAAGCAGUUUCUGAUCAGAAUCCGUUGGUGCACUCCGAGUCCCGCCUUCUCCAUCACCAUCUCCGACCCCCCAUUCUCCGCGGAAAAAUUGAGCCGAAGCUUCAAGAUUCCGCGCCGCCAGAGUGGGUCGGAGAUUCUCCAGGCCGGCAGCUUGAAAGCCGACGUCCUGUGGGACCUCCGCCGCGCGAGGUUCGGGCCAGGGCCCGAACCCGUGACCGGAUACUACAUAGCAGUUUUAGUCAACUCCGAGCUCGCGCUGACGCUCGGGGAUAUGGAGCACGAGUUUGAAGAGGCGACGAAAUUAAGCGCACAAAAAAAAUUCUCGUUGAUAUCGCGGGGGGGAGAGGCUCACGGGCGGGGGUUCAGGGGAGGGUUGCUGGGCGUUGAUGUGGACGGGAAGGGCGUGAUCGAGGUGAAGAGGGUGCAGUGGAAUUUCAGGGGGAAUCAGAGCUUGUUUUUGGAUGGGUUGAUGGUCGAUUUGAUGUGGGAUGUGCAUGAUUGGGUGUUCAAGCCUUCCUGACAGCAGGCUUUGGUUGGAGGACGCCGGUUUUCACCUUUCCUUCUCGUUUCUCGUUUUCGCAUCCAAGAAUCCAGAUUGACUUCUUGAAAGGAAAAGAAAUUCUAAUUUUAUGUGUUUGGUUUGGUUUGGUUUGAUUCUCUUCAUUGGAUUUAUUGUGUUUUGAUUGAUUU